AUGGGUAAAGAUUUUGUCUCUUUUGCCCACUUCUUUUUUCUUUUUUUUUCAGUAAUAAGUCGUCUGUUUAAUGGCACAGAGCCUAUUGUCUUGGACAGUUUAAAACAACAUUAUUUCAUUGAUCGAGAUGGUGAGAUUUUCAGAUAUAUAUUAAGCUUCCUAAGGACAUCUAAGCUACUGCUCCCAGAAGACUUUAAGGAUUUUAAUCUUUUAUAUGAAGAAGCAAAGUAUUAUCAGCUGCAGCCAAUGAUUAAGGAACUUGAGCGAUGGAAACAAGAGAAAGAACAAAGGAAACAUUUCCAGCCUUGUGACUGCUUGGUUGUAAGAGUGACUCCAGAUCUGGGGGAAAGAAUUGCAUUGAGUGGGGAGAAAGCUUUAAUAGAAGAGAUCUUCCCUGAGACAGGAGACGUCAUGUGCAACUCCGUAAACGCAGGCUGGAACCAAGACCCUACCCACGUUAUUAGGUUUCCUUUGAACGGAUACUGCCGGUUGAAUUCAGUGCAGGUGCUUGAAAGAUUAUUUCAGAAGGGAUUUAAUAUGGCAGCCUCCUGCGGUGGUGGGGUGGAUUCCUCUCAGUUCAGCGAAUACGUGCUGUGUCGUGAAGACAGACGACCGCAACCUACCCCAACGAUCAGAAUAAAACAGGAGCCCCUGGACUAGACCCUACCUGUACUCCUUUGUAACCAUAGAAGUGUUUAAUAGUCCCUUAUGUGAAACACUAAGGAUUUGCAAAACAGUAUUAGCAAACAGAUUUUGACUUUAUGUUGCCAAUUAGUGGUAUUCUGAAACUACCUGUCACAUAGCCAGCCAUGAAAUGCAUUUGAAAAAUCAGUUGUCUGCUCUCCACGAUGAAAUUACUGAGCAUGCUCAGCAUACCAGGCUCGGUGGGAACAUCCUUUGAGCUGAACAGCUGUGGUGGUGAAAAAGGCAAAGCUUCGUACAACCCUGACCCCAGAAAGGACUUCUGCAGAAAGAGCAAUUAAAGCAAUUUGAAUCUAUCAGCAGGAGAAGUGAUUCCGACAGCCUUCCCAACGACACCCCGAGACGUGACGUGCAGGAGUGCGGCCUCCGAGAGGAAGAUGGUGCAUCACUAACUGCACUGAGAACCCCCCCCGGCUGCCAUACCUCCUCAUAUCAGAUGUGCUUUACACCUCCAUACCGUUACAUUACAAUUCUGUGAUUGUACUCAUUCAUGCUAGCAAAUGGCUUAUUUUUAUAUUUCCAACUGAAAUAUCUUUCUGUGGACAGAAUUUAGAAUCAGAAAAGGACCGAUUUAUAGUCAACUGGUGCUCAGUACUGAAAAACAAGCAAACAGACCAAACAAAAAAAAAGCAACAAAAAAUUGAGAAGGCCAAUUAUGGCAAUACAUGCAAAAGUAGGGAUUUGGAAGCACAACAUAAAACUCCGUCAAACAAGGGCCACAUACCUAUGGUGGAGCUGUAGCUCUCUCAAAGCCAGUCGCGUUUUGACUCAGAAACUAAGUUUUGCAUCAUAAAAGAAUCGUGGCUCUGCCACCUCUUGUUGUUCAUUUAUGAACCAUGUUUAUGGGGACAACCAACUCUUUAUGGGUCUGGAAUUUUCACAAAAAGAUGUUAAAACCCUCUACCUUCCACUGUCCGAUGAAAGCAGGCCAUGCUUUGUUUAGAUCGUUUUUCCUCUAUAUUUUAAACUAUUAUUAAAAUGCCAAUUGUGUAUCUGCCCUCUACCUGUUUAAUUUUCUCUUCAAACAAGCCCACUGUAGGAGGUUACUGUUCCUUUCAUGAAUCAGUAUCAACUCUCUGACUUACAGGGCUUCCUAACUCAGGAGACAGCACCAUGUUUACAGGUGCAAGGUUAUAAAUAGCAUUCUGCUAAAUCCUCUUUAUUGCUCUUUAGCACAAUUGGUCCUCAAUAACUAUUUCACGUGUUAAUCACAAUUUAGUUUCUCCCACGUUCAUUUAUAGAAUACUGUUGUAGAUACUGAAUUCUAAUUAACUUUUUAGAUGCGUAAAUAUGGCCAUACACAACAGUAUUUGAUGGUUAACAAUUCUUUAAUACCAAAAGAUUACAAUCAGGCAAAAAAAAGAUUGAAGUUUAAGACUGAUAUGUUUGAAGUGAUGAGCUGUACUAAAUAUGCAAAGCUGCAACCUUGGCAGAGGUCUGAUUUUUUGGAUAAAUGUGGGAUGCUUGUCCAUGGAAAAUCAGAUCUCAGCAGGCUUUUUCACCCUGGUUACCCAAAUCAGAAAUCUCUUAGGAAAUUCUUAGCCUAUACAUAUUGACCUGCUAACUUAGCAAAACCGUUGAGCAAAUCUGUCUACUUCAAAAGAGUUGUAAAGUUAUUUUAUUUUGUGGUUUUAUACUUGUACGACACUCUAAAGUUCCUAGGCAUUGCCAUAUUUGAAUAUAUGGCACAACAUUCACCUUUGUAUGUAAGAUAUCUGUAGAAUUGUAUAUUAUACAUUUAAUAUUGUAAAGAACUUAACGUAUAAUUGUCAUGUAUUUGUGUAUGCACAUUUCUUAUACAGUACUUCAUGCCAUAAACAUUUCUGUAAAGUAAAUGAUCAAAAAUAAGCAAGUAGGGUGGAACACUCACUGUAUCUCCCAUGUUGUUUGAAAGGUGAGAAGUUCUGAUUGCAUCUCCUCUGGCCUUUUGCUCCAUUCAGCUUGAUGUAGCCACGUCUUACAAAAAGAGAAGGAAAAAACAGUUUUAUUUAUUACUUUCAUACAUCGAGUUGACUUGAAGUUCAAAAUAUCCUUAAAUAGUCCAUUCUGCUCCUUGUGUUUAUCCUAUGUACGCUUUUGUCCUGCAUUUCUGACCAGGGAGACUUAGUACUAGCAGAGGCUGAACGCAUGUCUGUGCAUCCUCCUCCUUUCAUUACCUCUCAGCUAGGAGAUAAAGGCGAACAUGUCACACUUAUAUUUAAAAACACCCCGAUCUGCCAUUCUCACUCAGGCAAAGCCACCGCAGAGGUGCACACGGGUUGUCUGCCAGCAGGAGCGGCCGCUGCGCACCUGCGUGGUGCUGAGCAUGGCCCCCUUGCACUGAAGUUGAAGGCAGCCAGCUCUCUUACACGCUUGGAAGCAGGGUGCUUUUAGAUGUAUGUAGACAGUCACUGGAAGUAUUCGUGGUUGGUUGGUUUGUUUUUCUUCAGUUUGGUGUUUACCAUUCGUUUUUCUGCUCAGUAAGGCAGCUCCAGUACUGAGGGCAGUUUGCAAAGGUGGCAUCGUGAAAAGUUCCAGGCUGCGCCAGCCGUGUUCAUGUGAACUUGAGACGGAAAGUUUGAGCCAUGACAUCACAGCAUUGACUGCGGAACAGCACUAAGGCAAGGAAGACAUGUGGAAACAAUCACUUUGUUAGAAGAAAUAUGCCUUUAAAAAAAAAAAGUUAAGCUAGAACAUGUUUUUUUAGUUAGUAACUUCAGGUCACUUAUUUAAAGUUUAUUACAGUUUCAUUUAUAUCUUUUUUACUUAUUCCCUGUAUUCUUAGGCAGCAAUAUCAGCAAAAACCAAUUUGAAUUUUUACUUCUGGCCUUAAACUAUAUCAACGUAACUUAAUUAAGAACAUCGCUUAGUGUUGCUAAAACAGGUUUUAAAAUAUCACAGAAUCUCCAAUAAAACUGUGGUGUGCAGCCAGCAAAUGUUUUCAUUACAAAGGCCAAAAAGCAAACGUAGCUUGGUUUCAACCUAAUUUGAUGGAACAGAAUUGUUCUGACCCUUUUUAUGCUGAGCACCGAAGCUGUGGCUUAAAGAACAGUCUUUGCAAGCCCUUUUCGUACAACCCCGUGGCACCGCUCUGCUCCCACAUCUGAAAAGAAAUGGAUGAAUGUUAUGUUGUGCUUAUUGGACCGAUCGCCCUUGAAAAGGCAACUGUUGAGUGCAUUCAUUCACUGCAUUAAUAGCAUCAAGGUUUGUUGACAAUUUUAUUAGAUGUUUGACAAAGGAUAAGAAUCAGCACAACAAAACAUUGAAGUAUUUGGUUUUAAUAUUUCUUUGUGGGUAUCCUGUUAAUAUUUUAAUGCAAAAUGUUUCUGAACAGUGCUUAAGAACUACCAGACAAUGUGAAAUUCAUGUUUGAUAAAUUAAUACUAUGUCACUCGAUGUGUUACUUUAGUAAAUUGUUUUAUUUCUUUACAAAAUAAGUACAAAUAAGGGAGUAUGUUUUCACACAAAUUGGGGGUAUUUACGAGUAUGUACAGAAAUCAUCAAAAUAACGUAAUUCUAAUAAACACAAGGCCUUUAUAAACAAUAUGUACAAAUUAUCAAUACAUUUAAAACAUAAUUUUACACUUCCUGGCCUUAAAUACCUUAUGAAUAAUCUUUUGGCUAAAUAGCAGCAGUAUAAAUUUUCUUCUGCUUUUCAUAAACCUUAAAAAAUAAUUAAAACUUUUGUUUUUAAAACUAUUGGACAAAUAGUUCUAUUUGUGCUUUCGCUACGGUUUCCCAUUUAAAAAAAAAAA